AUGGACAUCCUUAAGCAGGAGCUUCUGAAAAAGCGGCAGAGCCUCGCGGAGGACGUCGGCGGCAAGAAAUUCUUCAAGCGCUCCGAGAUCGAGCAGAAGCGCCUCCAGCGCCUCCGCGAAGAGGAGAAACGCGAGGCCGAGGCCAAAGCCCUCCGCCGCCAGAAGCAAUCCCAGCAGGAACAGCAUCAGAACGACCCUGCCUCUUCCUCCUCCAACCCUAGCUCCAAGUCAGAAAUCCCCAAAUCAAAGCCCGAAUCCUCCUCCAAAUCCCUCGCCGAGGAGCAUAACAUCGAUGACCUCAACCUCCCCCGGCCGGAAGUCGUCCGCCGCCUACGAUUCCUUAAACAGCCGGUGACCCUCUUCGGUGAGGACGACCAGGCGAGGCUGGACCGCCUCAAGUACGUCCUGAAGGCGGGUUUGUUCGAGGUCGACGACAGUGAUAUGACGGAGGGCCAGACGAACGAUUUCUUACGGGAUAUUGUCGAGCUGAAAAAGCGUCAGAAAUCUGGGAUUAUGAGUGAUAGGAAGAGGAAAUCGAGGAAUGAUGCCGGGGAGGAUAAAGACGGUGGGGAUGGUGAUAAGGAUCUGAGUGGGGAUGGGGCUUCCUCUGGUGUUGAUCACGACAAGGAUUUGAAGCGGAUGAAGGCAAAUUUCGAGGAUCUGUGUGACGAGGAUAAGAUCCUUGUCUUCUUCAAGAAGCUGCUCAACGAGUGGAACGACGAGCUGAAUGAGAUGGGUGAGGCUGAGAAGAGAACAGCUAAGGGGAAGUCUAUGGUGGCCACAUUCAAGCAGUGUGCUCGUUAUCUAAAUCCGCUGUUUAAGUUCUGCAGAAAGAAGGUUCUUCCGGACGAUAUUCGUCAAGCGUUGAUGUAUAUCGUUGACUGCUGCAUGAGGCGCGACUAUCUAGCCGGAAUGGACCACUACAUAAAGCUAGCAAUCGGAAAUGCUCCCUGGCCCAUUGGUGUUACUAUGGUUGGCAUCCACGAACGUUCGGCCCGUGAGAAGAUUUAUACCAACAGUGUGGCCCACAUCAUGAACGACGAGACCACACGAAAGUACCUACAGUCUAUAAAGCGGCUGAUGACUUUCGCCCAACGACGUUACCCCACAAUGCCCUCCAAAGCCGUCGAAUUCAACAGCCUGGCGAAUGGUAGCGAUCUGCAGUCGCUUUUGGCAGAGGAAAGGUCGACUGGUGGGGAAAUGCGUGAGGAGAAGCUUCUUUUGAUGCCUGCUUCAAAUAACGACUAG